AUGCCGGAAUCAUCUCGCCUACACGACAAAGUAGCCAUUGUCACUGGGUCCUCAUCAGGCCUAGGACAGGCGAUCGCAAUUCGUUAUGCCCAAGAGGGGGCGAAAGUGGUCUGCACCGAUCUAACACCAACUGCGCGAUCCCAAGAAGAGGCUGGGAUUACGACGCACGAUCUGAUCAACAGGGACGGUGGGCAGGCGAGUUUUGUGGAGACAGAUGUCGGGGAUGCAAAGCAGAUGGAGAACUUAGUCCAAGCUGCCGUGAUACAAUAUCGACGACUGGACAUUCUGGUCAAUAAUGCUGGGAUUAGCAUCGAGGCACGGACACCUGCUGUGCUGCACCUGACUAAUGAGACCACUUGGGAUACGACGAUGCGUGUCAACACCAAGUCUGUGUUCCUGGGUUGCAAGUAUGCUCUUACUCAAAUGCUGGCGCAAGAACCUCAUUCUUCCAGAGAUCGGGACUGGAUCAUCAAUAUCUCUUCAAUUAUGGGUAUGAUUGGUGGGCCGGAGAAUCCAUCGUACUGCGCAUCAAAGGGUGCUGUCAGUAACCUAACGAGGCAGAUGGCUCUAGAUUACGCCCCUUAUAACAUUCAUAUCAAUGCCAUUUGUCCUGGCUAUACUCAGACGGCCAUCUUCAAGGAGACAACUACUAACUUGACCCCUUGGGAAUACCUAAAAAGACGCCAUCCGCUGAAAGGCCCUGGAAUGCCAGAUGAUAUUGCUCGUAUAGCUGUUGUGCUGGCAAGUGAUGACGCCAGCUGGGUGACUGGAAUUUGUCUUCCAGUUGACGGUGGAUAUACUGCUCGUUAA